AUGAGGACCCCGAGCUGCGCCAGGCUGUUGCUGCUGCUGCUGCUACUGCUGCUGUUCACGCCCCUCGCCGGGGACGCCGCUGUCAUCACCGGGGCCUGCCAAGAGGACGCCCAGUGUGGUGGAGGCAUGUGCUGUGCUGUUAGCAUCUGGGUUAAGAGCAUAAGGAUUUGUACACCGAUGGGAAAAUUGGGAGAUUCCUGCCAUCCGCUGACUCGCAAAAACAAAAUUGCAAAUAGAAGGGUAAAGAGAAUAAAGAGGAAGAGAAAAAAAGGCAAGAAAGAGGUUCCAUUUUUUGGGAGGAGAAUGCAUCACACUUGUCCAUGUAUGCCCGGCCUGUCCUGUUUACGAACUUCGUUUAAUCGAUUUAAUUGUUUAAACAGAAAAUAGCCACUUUGGAGUAGAAACUGUUAAUGUGAACAGUCACACAAUGUCUGUAAAAUCUGCUUGUGAUUGUGCUCAACACAUAAGA